GCCCUUAUUAUUGUGCUGAUUCAGCCUCGUAGUCAGAGAACAGAUGAUCAGUUCACUCUGAGAGCGAGAGAAGAAGGCAGGAGAAGUAUCCUAAAAUACAUCAGAGCUUAUUCUUUUCAAUGAUUUGCAAACCUAUGAAAUCAUCGCUCAUUUGACUAAGAGCUGAUCAUGGGGGCUUCAGAGAGCAAGGAUAAGAUGCAGUGCAACAGAUACCUGAACGGAAAAGGUCCUCCGUCGCUGACUGAGACAGAUGGUCAAGGAUCAAACAACCACAAAAAGAAUAGAAUGAUAAAACAAGGAAACCAGCCGGAUGGUGGGCAGCUGAAUUGGAAUAUCGAGAGACGGAGUUUGCCGGGACAUUCUGAUUGUGACACCAUUCAAAUCAUCUUUCAUUUUGAUGACGGAAUCCAGUCGGACAAGCAUCCUCAUCCGGGAAACAGCUACAAGGGCAAUGAAUUUAUGGCCUACCUUCCUCAGAACACAACAGGGACCAAGAUCCUCCGACUGCUGGAGCAGGCCUUUGAACACAAGCUGCUGUUCACUGUGGCAGCCAAUAGCAGCGGUGAAUACUGCGUGAUGCCUGCAGAUAUCCCACUGAAGACUCUGGACAGUCGGGGAGCUGGAAGCUGGCCUCCUGGGGGUCCCCACUCUAUUUCAGUUAAGUGUUUGUUUUAAUGUUGAAGUUUAAUAAUAAUCCAGUAAUUUUCUCUGUCCUAUUGUAUCAGCUCGGGCUAUCCAGAUCCAACGUACUUAAAAUCAGUGAGGAAAAGUCUCAAGGUAAAGGGGAUCAAAUGAGAGAGAACAGAUUACUAUUACUACAACUGUUGAUUCCAAACCUCAUCAAGACCCUGCAUGAAUCAAGAUACGGAUAUGGAUGUUGCAUGAUUACAUGGAGUUUGACAAGCCCAAAUCUACAGAACAUGGUCAAGGCUGAUCAAUUUGAGAAUGUGGACCUUUAAUGUUGAAACCGAGUUGCAACGAUGCACAUGGCGACUUGUGAGAUGAAGUGUAUUUUCUAUUAAAAAGAUGAAGAAUUAUGAAGGACAGUGUUGUAUACACUGCAAGCC